CUGUCUAGCUUCACCCGAAUGUUGGCUCUAGAAGAUUUUAUUCUGCUGGCCAGUGGAACAGAGUCAGUAGAAAAUGACACUUUCAAAACUCUGAGUACCUUGAAGACCUUGGAACUCUGGAAAAAUAAGUUAAGACGAGUCCCCAGGGUUCUGCCAGCCAGUCUUGAAGUGUUAAAACUAAAUGAGAAUUCAAUAAAUGUCCUACACGGAUCUGAUUUUGAAGGACUGAAGAAAUUAAAAAUCCUUGAACUUAAAAACAAUCUGAUCUCUUCUCUCUCUCCCAGCACACUCUCUUCUUUGAUCAGUUUGCAGAGUUUGAUGUUGGAUGGCAACAUUAUCGAAUCUGUAGCUGGACCACUGGUACUUCCCCACCUGAAAAGUAUGAGCCUGGAGAAUAAUAAACUGCAUCUUAUACCAGCUAGCUUCUUUGCUUCUCUUCAGGCUUUGCAAUUUCUCAGUGUCAGUGGUAAUUUUCUGACUAAAAUUCCUAUUAAUCUGCCCAAAUCCCUGCUCUCUUUAAAAAUGGAGAGAAACCAGCUCAAAGUGGUAAGGUUUCGAGACAUGAGACACUUGGAGAAUCUUUCCCACCUUUAUCUGUCAGAAAACUCACUCUCCUCCAUUGAUGGGGCACAGAUCCUUGCCAAUUUAACUACUCUUGAGUUGUCCCAAAACCAGGUUCAAACGUUGCCCCUUAAACUACCAGCAAGGCUACAAAAACUAGAUAUUAGCAAUAAUCUGAUUCAGAGAGUUACAGCCCAAGACUUCCAGGACCUCCGAGACCUGAAACACUUGUUUCUGGACAACAACAUUGUCAGCUUGUUCGAAGCUGGAGCCCUGCAGAUGUGUUCCCAGCUCUCCAACCUGGCCCUGGAACAGAACCUGCUGUUGUCUAUACCUCUAAGGCUUCCAGGGACCUUAGCCAGGCUGGACCUCAAAGGCAAUGCCAUCCAGGAUAUUACUGAGAGGGACCUCAAGGAUCUGAAGCAGCUUCAGGUUCUAAACCUUAGGAAUAACAAGAUUUCUGCCUUAGACCUCAAAGCCUUGGAGGGGUUGCCUCGCCUCAGACAUCUGUAUCUGGAUGGAAAUCCGUGGAAUUGUACCUGUAGUCUCAUAAGAGCGAGGGAGAUCCUGAAGGCCAAGGGCACAGAUGUGAAGGGGGGACAAUGUGCUGCACCAGCAGAACGACAAGGGGAAAGCUGGAUGUCCUCCAAGAAGAUCAUGAGACAAUGUGAGCAUCAACUACAUCUAACCGAGAAAAACAAAGAAACCAAAAAGAAAUCAAAACCAGAAGAGCACUCCAGCAUCAGAAUCAACAUGGAUGAUGAUUAUUAUGAUUAUGAAAUAGAUUAAGUAUGAGCUUUGCCUACAGGUUAGAAAAAAAUUUUUUUCUAAUAGACUUCAUUUUAGAGCAAUUUUAGGUUCAUAGCGUAGUUGAGACCAAGAUAUAGAGAGUUCCCAUAUACCCCCUAUCUCCACACAUGUAUAGACUCCCCCAUUGCAAAAUCCCCCUUCAAAGUGGAACAUUUAUUACAAUUGAUGAACCUACAUUGACACAUCAUCAUCAACUGAAGUCCAUAGUUUACGUGAGGGUUCACUCUUGGAGGCAUACAUUCUGGGGACCUGGACAAAUGUAUGACAACAUGUGUCCAUCAUAAGAGUGGCAGAGUAGUUUCACUGACUUAAAAAUGCUCUGUGCUCCAGAUGAAGUUUUAUAGCGUUCAAUCUCUUAAGCAGAAAUAUACAAUAAAUUUAGAUACGCAAGAGUCUUUUUUGUAAGUUUUUUUUUUUUUAAAAGAAUGAAAUCAGAGGGGCACCUGGGUGGCUCAGUCAGUUAAGCGUCUGACUUAGCUCAGGUCAUGAUCUCACGGUCCGUGAGUUCGAGCCCCGUGUGGGGCUCUGUGCUGAGGCUCAGAGCCUGUGCUCAGAGCUUGGAGCCUGCUUUGGAUUCUGUGUCUCCCUCUCUUUCUGACCCUCCCCCAUUCAUGCUCUGUCUCUCUCUGUCUCAAAAAUAAAUAAACA